AUGAAGAAAUUAUUUUCCAAAAUUGAAACUAAAAUCGACAAUACAUCUCGUGAGAGCAAUAAUUAUACGGGAAAGGUCUUUAUAGUUGGCAGACAAACUGUUACUGUGGAGGAUGUUCUUGCCGAAGGUGGAUUUGCCAUAGUUUAUUCUGUUAAAGCAAGUAAUGGAAGUAGGUAUGCUCUGAAGAGAAUGUAUGUCAAUAAUGAGCAGGACCUUAAUGUAGCUAAAAGGGAAAUCCAAAUUGCAAGCAGUUUAAGUGGACACAAGAACAUAAUAGGAUAUGUAGACUCGAGUUUAACUGCGACUGGAGGGGGGGUGUAUGAAGUACUGUUGCUCAUGCCUUAUUGCCAAGAGAAUGUCUUCGGGAUGAUGAAGAGUAGAGGAAAGGCAACUUUUACUGAAAGCGAAGUUUUGACUAUAUUCUGUGAUACAUGUGAAGCAGUUUCUCGACUACAUCAUUGCAAGACUCCUAUUAUUCAUCGUGAUUUAAAAGUAAGUAUCAUAUAUUCAAAAUUUUUAACAGAUCCAGUUUUUUUAUAG